AUGGGUAACCAGAGCAGCCGGUCACUCUCGCCGGGAGAAAGUUUGAGCAGCAUAGAUCUCAGCGAGUACGAGAGAGUAUGUGCCAUGGAUCCAGACGUGAGAAAAUUUGGGGAUGGGCUCAAGGAACGAACAGAGAGGGUGCUCCAGAGCAUGGUGGCCGGGGUGGACGAGAGGGGACUUUCAUUCCAAUCGUUAAAGGAUGUGACCACCAGCUUUUUAGAGCUCGACCAGGAGGUUGUGAACGUAAUUCUCAACUACAAGAAGGACGUGUGGGCAAGCGACUCGCUGUUUGAGCUGGUGAAGGACUACUUCGACAACAGCAUGGCUACGCUAGACUUUUGCGAGGAGCUCAACAAGUGUAUCAAACAGGCCAGGGAGAACCAGAUGUCGAUCCAGGUAGCGAUCAACAUGAUGCCCAGCGAAGGAGAUCCAAACGAGGAGCAGUGCCAGGCAAUUCUCAAAGAGCUCAACCAGUACGUGGACGCCGGCAACCCCUUCACGGACGAGUUCAUGGACAAGUUCCAGACCGUCUACCAGAAGCAGAUGGAGCUGCAGAGAAAGCUUCAGGCGAAGAAGAAGUCGCUGGACAGGAAGCUGCGGUAUGUCCGCGGCUGGACGAAGGUGUCGACGAUCAUCUACGCUGCGACUUGCGCGGCGCUGGUGAUCUGUGCGGUGGUGGCGGCGGUGAUGACAGUCCCAGCGAUCGUAGGGGCGGUGGCAGCGGUAUCGUCGAUGCCACUCGAGACCCUGGGAAGAUGGAUCAAGUCCUUCCUCACCAAGUACGAGAAGGAGCUCCAGGCACGCCGGGAUCUGAUGAGAGAAGCGAACUUCAAGACGUUUGUGACGAUCAAGGAGAUGGACACGAUACGAGCGCUCAUCAACAGCCUCAGGAACUCCAUGGAAUCGAUCGUCCACUGCAUACAGUUUGGGCAGAGGCACGCGGACGGCUUUGGCAUGCAUCUGGUGGUAGAGCAGCUCAAGAGCCGGCAGAGCGCAUUCAUCCGGGAUCUGGACGAACUGGAGGAGCACGUCGAUCGCUGCAGCAGGGACAUCCGGAGGGCCAGACUGGUGGUUCUUCGCCGGAUCGUCAAGAAGAGAUCCAAGAGCUUGUGA